AUGAAAAAUGCGGAUUCUUUCGCCUCCGACACGGAGGACUCGCCGGCCGAUAUCGCCAACAUCCAUCGCAACGUACUAAACCCUGAACUGGAAAAAGAGGUCGAAGACGCGUUUGCGCUCUUCGACAGGGACGGCAAUGGACAAAUUGAUUUUUUCGAGUGCCAAGCGGCGUUCAGAGCCCUCAGGCUUAAUGCAAGUCGCGACGCGGUCACAACCAUGUUCGCAGAGAUAAACAAGGGUCAGCAUGAUGCCAUAACACUCGCUGAUUUCAAGACGCUGGUUCUAAAGGUCAUCCACAAGAGGUAUACCGCCGGAGAGGCGGCGAAGAUAUUUGCGUUGCUAGAAGAUGGUUCGGGCAAAAUCACAAUGGACAGCUUAAGAGCCGUAGUAGCAGACCUUGGUAGGGGUUAUCCGCUGUGGAAUCUGACAGUCGCCGUAGGCAGCUCGAUCGAUGACGAAGAUCUCGGGCUGAUGAUCUCCGAAGCGUCCGGCAGCAAAGACUACGUGACCUACGAAGACUUCAGGAAGGUGCUAAAGGCAGCAUGGCGGGGUGAUGCGAUGGAUCGUAUGGAAGAUGCGACCCAAAUGUAG